ACGCAAUGGAUACAGUUAUUGAUUUCUGGAUUUUCACUUUAAUAAUUGUACAUCCGAGAACACUGCUCCCUUUUCUUCCUUUACUCUCAGUGGCACUCAUUAUACAUGCCCAACUUGGUCCCUCCUGUCACUACAGUUCAGCAGUGUCUCGAAUACAAAGAGCGGCUGCAGAAGAUCGAGCCCAAUGUCGAGUAUCACAUGAGUCUCUACUUGCACGAGAGUAUCACCCCCGAGGUGAUCCGGGAGGCGAAGAAGGCUGGAGUCACGGGCGUCAAGAGUUAUCCUGCUGGAGUUACUACUGUGAGUUCAAUUCUUUUCUUUGUUUGAUUCUAUGCGUAGAUUUGUAUCUGGCUGGUUCCAUGUCUGCUGGUUUCC